AUGUGUGAUGGGAUUCCUAACUCUGUGUAUUGUAAUGUAUGGUCCCAGAGCCAGUACCGAACCUUUGAUGGGAGGUUCUUUUCCUUCAACGGGCAAUGUACUUAUUUGCUUGUCACAGACUACCAGGAGGAAUCGUUCAAAAUCUAUGUUCAGAAUAACUACCCUUGCUUUCAUGAAAACAGCACAGCAUGCAGGGCUGUAGUAAUUGACAAUAGCGAUCCCUACAAUUUGAUCUAUCUGCUCCCUGGUGGAAAGGUACGGUUUGACAAUGAACCUGUGGAUCUUCCUAGAAAAGUAGGUGGAGUGGUACUAGAGCAAACAUCUAACUAUAUCAGAGGGAAAAGUGGAUUAGGCUUCACAAUCAUCUAUGAUGGCAAAGACUCUAUCACGGUCUACAUCACCGAUACUGAAUUAUUGACAAGCAACACGGCUGGUCUUUGUGGAUUGUAUGAUGGAGAUCCAACCAACGACUUUUUUAUUAUCAGUGCCAACGCUGAUGAAGAUCAAGCUACAGAAGCACACAACUUCGGUCAAUUUUGGAUUAUGGACUUGAUGGAAGAGAGAGAUAAUGGACAAUGCCUGGAAACAACAGCUACCACCAGGUGUACUCAGAAAACGUACUUUGAGAGUGAUGAUGAGGAGGCAUUUGCACAAUGGGUCCAGGACCAAUGUAGUCCACUUCAAGAUUACUUCUUUGCAGAUUGUCAGAUAGAUAAUAAGGAGGCAUUUGUCAUUGCUUGUGAGGAAGAUGUCUGUGAGUGUGCGAUGCGUGAUGAAAGUUGUAGGUGUGCUUCAUUCGCUGCUUUUGCUUUAGAGUGUGCUCGGAAUGGAACAGUGGUGCCCUGGAGGUCUCAUUUUUCUUGCCCUUUUGAGUGUCCUGUCAAUUCUACUAAAGUAUACAAUCAGUGUGGGUCUACCUGUGAUGAAACAAGUUGUAACUCAGUCCCCGUAGGAUGUGAAACUGAGGAUACAAUUGGAUGCCUUGAAGGAUGCUACUGUCCACCAAUGACCUAUAAAACAAUGUCUGGUGGGUGUGUCACUGUUGAUGAAUGCCCUUGCUCGUGGCAAGGUAAUGAGUACCAACCUUCGGAACGUAACUCUGAUGGGUGUAAUGAAUGUACUUGCAUGCAAGGAAAGUGGCAGUGUACGCAGAAUGACUGUGGAGCUACUUGUAUUGUCAGUGGACAGGGCCAUUACAAGACAUUUGACAACCAUCAUUAUGAUUUUGCUGGAAGUGAAACAUGCUCUUAUGUCCUGCUAAAGGACUGUUGGAACAAGGGAAACAAUUACUCGGUUAGUGUGGAAAACGCUGAAUGUGGAAUGGAGGCCGUAUCGUGUGUCAAGGCAGUAGUAAUAGAUGAUCAUAAUGAAGAAGUAUCUCUGAAGAUUGAACUGAGAAGAGGUCAUAAGGUUUUCAUUGAUAAGAUGGAAGAGAAGCAGUAUCCCAUGAUGGCCAGAAACUAUUAUUUGAACCAACCAACUAGCUCCCAAACAGCGGUCAUUAUGCCCAAUGGUAUAACUAUACUGUUUGAUGGUUAUGACCAAGUGACAUUAAUGGCUGAUGAAAGGCACCUGAAUACAACAUGCGGUCUCUGUGGUACAUACAAUAACAACCAUCGUGAUGACUUCUACACUGAUGCUGGUGAUGUUGAAACAAAUCCUACCUCAUUUGGUAACAAAUGGAAGGCAUUAUCCUGUCCUGAUGCUAAAGACGACACCAUACCUGAUCCAUGUGAUCUCUACUCACAGAAGGAAUUCUUUGCUUCUAAAGAAUGUGGUCGACUCCUCUACGAUAAUUCAUUUGCAUAUUGUCGUCAAUUUGUGGACCCUUGGGAGUACUAUGAUAAAUGCCGUCAUGAUGUUUGUAACUGUUUGAGCUCCGACAAUUGCGUGUGUUCUGUAUUUUCCAUGUAUGCUGCUGAAUGUGCACACAGAGGUGUAGUAAUCGAUUGGCGGACUUUUACUCCGAGUUGUGAGAUGAAGUGCAAGGCUGGAAUGAUAUACGAACCAUGCCAUCCCAUGUGCCAGACAUCAUGCAGGGCGAUUUCAUUUGACGACACUGUCUGCAGUGAUACCUGUAUUGAUGGAUGUGCCUGUCCUGAUGGUUAUGUCAUUGAUGAACGUGGAGAAUGUGUACUAAAUGAUCACUGUGGUUGUCUUGAUCAUGAUACAGGAGUGUUUCACACUCACCAAGCACAGUUUGACAAAGGUUGUGGUAGCUGCAAAUGUCUAUCUGGAGAGCUCAACUGUACAGAUGUUGACUGCCCGAGCGAUAUGUGCUCCUUCAAUCAGGAAUAUGACCCUUGCCCUCGUCCAUGUGAGAAAACAUGCCAAAACAUGCACAAUUUUGAUGAUUGUCAGAUCACCUCAUGCCAAGGAAGGUGUGUGUGCAUUCAUGACACGGUAUGGAAUGGAACUAACUGCAUUGAGCCAUCUACCUGCCCUUGUCACCAUGGUGGUCAAAGUUAUCCUGAAAACCACAUCAUUAACACAUAUGAUUGCCGCAAAUGCAUUUGUGUCAAUAACAAAUGGGAGUGUGAAGAAUUUUCUUGCUAUGGUGACUGUACUUCUUGGGGAGAUCCUCACCUUUUAACGUUUGAUGGGAAACACUACGACUUUGAGGGGGAUUGUGAAUAUAUAUUGGCUAUGACCAAUAAUUUAGACCCGGAAUAUGACAGCCCCUCUUUCAGCAUCAUAACUUCGAAUGUGCCGUGUGGGACGACUGGAAUAACCUGUACAAAGUCUAUAACUUUCACCAUUAAAAAUGCAGAUAACUCUAAAGAGAAACUUCAUCUGGUCAAAGGGAAGGAAGUUCCAGCUUCUGACUCGACAUUCAUUAUUACACAAGCUGGAGAUUAUGUACAUGUUGCAUCAAAAAUUGGUGUCAAAAUAGUAUGGGACAGUGGAACUUGGGUCCAAGUCAAAAUAGCGCCUAAAUACAAAGGAAAGGUUGGAGGUUUAUGUGGUAACUACAAUGAUCUAAGCGAUGAUGAUUUUAUGUCUCCUGAUGGUGGUCUGCCAGAAACCUCCGCUCUGACUUUCGGGGACAGUUGGAAGGUUGAUGAUUACUGCCCUAAGCCACCUCCCCCAAUCUCGCCGUGUAUGAAAAACCCUCAUCGCCGCGGUUGGGCAAUGCGUCAAUGUAGCGUGAUCAAAUCGGAUGUCUUUGAGCAGUGUUUUAGCCAGGUCUACUACCGACUAUAUUUUCUUAAAUGCAUCUACGAUUCAUGUGCUUGUGAUUCGGGAGGGGACUGUGAGUGCCUCUGUUCUGCCAUCUCAGCUUAUGCCAAGGAAUGCGCUGCUCAUGGUGUACCAAUCAGGUGGAGGACCAAUGAUCUCUGUCCUAUGCAGUGUGACGGAUGCCGGGAAUACGAUCCCUGCAUUGAACUUUGUUACACCUGUGGCCAUGAGAAUGAUUGGGAUGAAGACGGGAACUGCCCUCAUACAUGUUUUGAGGGAUGCAGUUGUCCCAGUGGACAGUUUCACUAUGGAGACCAAUGUGUUGAUAGUUGCCCAGUAGCCACAACUCCAUACAUUGACCACACCACGACUACCCCUUACAAUACAAUACCACAGGGAACUACCACUCAACCCCCUGAAACAACAACAGGUCUGCCGGGUACUACCACCACCCCUCCAGAAACAACAACAGGACCUCCAGGAACUACAACUCAACCACCUCAAACAACAACAGGACCACCAGGAACUACAUCUCAACCACCUGAAACAACAACAUUGCCCCCAGGAACUACCACCAAACCCCCAGAAACAACAACAGGACCUUCAGGAACUACUACUCAACCACCUGAAACAACAACAGGACCUCCGGGAACUACAUCUCAACCACCUGAAACAACACCAUUGCCCCCAGGAACUACCACCACACCUCCAGAAACAACAACAGGACCUCCAGGAACUACCAGUCAACCACCUGAAACAACAGGACCACCACGAACUACCACCACACCUCCAGAAACAACAACAGGACCUCCAGGAACUACCACUCAACCACCUGAAACAACAACAGGACCACCAGGAACUACCACUCAACCACCUGGAACAACACCAUUGCCCCCAGGAACUACCACCACACCUCCAGAAACAACAACAGGACCUCCAGGAACUACCACCACACCUCAAGAAACAACAACAGGACCUCCAGGAACUACCACUCAACCACCUGAAACAACAACAGGACCACCAGGAACUACCACUCAACCACCUGAAACAACAACAGGACCACCAGGAACUACAUCUCAACCACCGGAAACAACAACAUUGCCCCCAGGAACUACCACCAAACCUCCGGAAACAACAACAGGACCUCUGGGAACUACAUCUCAACCACCUGAAACCACACCAUUGCCCCCAGGAACUACCACCACACCUCCAGAAACAACAACAUUACCUCCAGGAACUACCACUCAACCACCUGAAACAACAACAGGACCACCAGGAACUACCACUCACCCACCUGAAACAACAACAGGACCUCCGGGAACUACAUCUCAACCACCUGAAACAACAACAUUGUCCCCAGGAACUACCACCACACCUCCAGAAACAACAACAGGACUUCCAGGAACUACCACUCAACCACCUGAAACGACAACAGGACCACCAGGAACUACCACUCAACCACCUGAAACAACAACAGGACCACCAGGAACUACAUCUCAACCACCUGAAACAACAACCUUGCCCCCAGGAACUACCACCAAACCUCCAGAAACAACAACAGGACCUCCAGGAACUACCACUCAACCACCUGAAACAACAACAGGACCACAGGGAACUACAUCUCAACCACCGGAAACAACAACAUUGCCCCCAGGAACUACCACCAAACCUCCAGAAACAACAACAGGACCUCCGGGAACUACAUCUCAACCACCUGAAACAACACCAUUGCCCCCAGGAACUACCACCACACCUCCAGAAACAACAACAGGUCCUCCAGGAACUACCACCACACCUCCAGAAACAACAACAGGACCUCCAGGAACUACCACUCAACCACCUGAAACAACAACAGGACCACCAGGAACUACCACUCAACCACCUGAAACAACACCAUUGCCCCCAGGAACUACCACCACACCUCCAGAAACAACAACAGGACCUCCAGGAACAACCACCACACCUCCAGAA